AUGACUUGUACAGCAACAUCCAAUGAUAGCAAUAUUUCUAACAAUGAUAAUACUCAGAUUAUAAGGCAACCUUAUGCAAGAAAAUUUAUUGAUUUUGAUACCUAUUGGGAAUCAGCUUUACUUAUUGUUCGUGAUUUAAUGGAUCAAAAAAAUGUCUCCCGUCAAAGAUGGCAUGAGUUAUUUUCUUUAAUUUUUAAUAUUUGUACAUGGGAUGAUGAAGGGCAAGAUAAAAUAAAUAAACGGCUUCACAAUGAAUUUUCAAUCUAUGUUUCUCUAGCUGAAAAAAAAAUUCGUUCUAACGGGAAUAGUUUGGAAAUAUUAAAAUUGUACAUACAUGAAUGGGACCGCUUUUAUGUUCUUUCUCAACAUCUUCCUCUUCCGUUUAAAGAUGUUUUUAUUAAGGGUAUUGAAGAUAAUGAGAAUGAUAUUCGAAAGUUAAUGUAUACAAUAUGGAGUGAUAUGAUUUUUUCACAACUCAAAACAACCUUAUGGUCAAGUGUUGAAGUUUUGAUAACAGAUGAAAGAAAUGGUAUCUCAAUCGAUGAAAAUCUUAUUAUUGGUGUAAGAUUAUCUUUUGUUUUGCUAUCUCCCGAUCAAUCAGAUAGAUUGGAAAUCUAUAACAAUAUUUUCUUGGAAAAUUACUUGAGAUGUACUGAGGAAUUUUAUAAAAUUAAAACUAGUGAAGUUAGAAUGGAUACUGGUAUACGAGAUUAUCUUAAUUAUAUGAAUACUAAAUUAGAUGAAGAGGAACAAAGAGCUCGUAAAUAUUUAAAUACAGAUCCUGAAUCAUUAAGAAAAUUAGAACAAGUUACUGUUGAUGUUUUGGUAACACAAUUUGCUGAUGAAAUUUUAGUUGAAGUACGUUCUUUGAUAAGAGAUAAUGAUGUUCCACGAUUAUCUAUUAUAUAUAAAGCAUUAAAUAAAACAAAGGAUAAAAUGAAUUAUGUUCUUGAUGUUUUAAAAGAAUAUAUUACAGAAGAAGGAUUAUCUACAAUGCGUGAGAAUGCUUUAACUGUUGCCUCUGAUCCAGAAAAAUUUGUUGAACAACUUCUUGAUAUGUAUAAUAAGUUCACAAAAUUAAUUGAUGAUGCAUUUUGUGGUGAUAUACGUUUUAAGACAAUACGUGAUGUAGCAUUUAAAAUUGUUGCUAAUAGUACUGAUGUUUUUAAAAUGGAAAUACCUACAAGAGUAAAAGGACGAGUUAAUAUUGAGUCAAGAUGUCCAGAAUUAUUAGCAAAUUACUGUGAUUUAUUGCUACGAAAAAGUGGCUUAUCAAAAAGGUUAUCAUCUGAGGAAAUUGAUAAGAAAUUAAAUGAUUUAUUAAUAGUUUUGAAGUACGUCAAUAGCAAAGAUAUUUUUAUCAAAUAUCAUAAAAAUCACUUAUCAAGGCGCCUUAUUAUGGAAGCUUAUACUGAUAUUGAACGUGAGGAAUAUAUUGUUAAUCAAUUUAAAGAAUGUGGAAUGCCAACAGAAACUAUAGGGAAAAUGUAUAGAAUGCUUCAAGAUCUUGAUCUUAAUAAAGAUUUUAACUUAUUUAUUAAAACUUCGAAGAAUAUUAAGAAUAAUAAUAGAGAUGCUACAUCAAAUGAAAAAGAUAUAUCAGAUUUGUUAAAUGUUAAAAUUCUUAAUGAAGGCGCUUGGGGUCGUGGUAAAGAUUUUGUCAAUGUUACAUUGAAUGAUAAUCUUGAAGAAGCAAUGCAUUCAAUAGAAAGUUUAUAUAAAUUUAAACAUAAAGGAAGAAAACUAAAUUGGAUUCAUCAAUGGUCACAUGGUACAAUGACAUUUACUUCCAAUAACGGGAAGUAUGAUCUUGAUUUGUCUGCAUAUCAAAUGGCUGUUAUCAAUUGCUUUUUCCAUUGUUCAAAGGGUAAAUUAUCAUUUGAAGCAUUGAAAUUAGCUACAAAAUUACCAAUUAAUGAAUUAACAAGAACUUUAGUUUCGCUAACUGCAUUUCCAAAGAUCAAAUCACAAGUUUUAUUAACUGAUUGUGAAAGUGUGGCAUCGCGAAACUUUAAAGAUGAAACAUUAUUUUGGAUAAAUCACGACUUUUUUAUUGUUAAAAAUAAUGCAAUUCAAAGUCGUGGUAAAUUAAAUUUAAUUGGAAGAUUACAACUUGCUGCUGAAGUAUCUUCACAAUUGGAGCAGGAUGAGAUAGUAACAUUACGCGAGUUACGUACACAAGAAGCUAUUACGAAAAUAAUGAAGAUGCGUAAAGAGUGUUCUUGUACUCAUUUAGAAAAUGAAGUUGUGGAAAUGCUUAAGAAUAUUUUUUAUCCAAACAAAAAGUUAAUUAAAGAACAAAUAGAAUAUUUGAUAAAUGAAAAGAUUAUGGAUAAAAUAACAAUUUCUACCAUUUUAACUUCAACUGAAUCAUUAGGAACUUUUCAAAGUGAAGUAUUAUGGGCAUUAAUUGUUGGAGCAUGUCUUGCUUUUCUCUUGGGUUUUGGAAUGGGAGCUAAUGAUGUUUCGAAUGCUUUUGGUACAUCUGUUGGUAGUAAAGUAUUAACUCUCAUUCAAGCAUACAUUCUUGCAUCAAUUUUUGAAACAUUAGGAUCUAUUUUGGUUGGUUAUAAUGUGACUGAUUCAAUGAGGAAAAAUGUCAUUGAUACUUCAUUGUAUGCUGAUGAACCAAAAGUUUUGUUGAUUGGACAAUUAGCAAUAUUAGCUGGAUGUUCUUCAUGGUUAAUAAUUGCUACUAUUGCUAAAUGGCCUGUUUCAACGACACAAGGUAUCGUUGGUGCAACUGCUGGAAUGUCUUUAUCUAUGAAAGGAUUUAAUGGAAUACAAUGGAUGGAAAUUGUUAAAAUAGCUGUUUCAUGGGUUGCAUCACCAUUAUUAUCGGGUUGUGUUUCUGUUAUUAUAUAUACCAUAGUUGAUCAUACAGUAUUAAGAAAAGAUAAUCCUUUUCAUUGUGGACUAAGAGUAUUACCAUAUUUUUAUUUUGUUUGUUUAACCUUUAAUACAUUUGCUGUAAUAUAUAGUGGAUCAGUGAUCAUUGGGAUUCCAAAGAUACCAUUAGGAGUUUCAAUAGGAAUAGCUUUUGGUAUUGGGGUAAUAACAUUCCUUGCUACAAUGUUUAUACUAAAACCAAGACUUCGUAUCUGGAUUGAAAAAACAGUACCAAAAGAUACAUAUCUAGAUACUAAAACUAUAUCACUUGAAGCAUGUGAUGAUAAAAAUACAAAAAUACCAACUUAUGAAAAACAAAAAAGGGAUGGUACAAUUAAAGGAUUUUUUAAAUGGCUUUUACCAUUAAGAGACAGACAAUCACCACUUCAAGUACUUAAAAUAUUUUCUUCUAUUCAAGUUUUUACAGCUUGUUUUGCUGGUUUUGCUCAUGGAGCAAAUGAUGUAGCAAAUGCUAUUGCACCAUUAGCCGCAUUAAUAUCAUUUUAUAAAGAUGGUAAUAUUGACCAAAAGGGUGCAACACCAGUAUAUGUAUUAUUAUUUGGUGUUCUAGCAAUAUGUGUUGGUUUAUGGGUAUUGGGACAUCGUGUAAUACAAACAGUAGGACAGAAUAUGUCUGAAAUUAAUCCAGCAUCUGGUUUUACAAUUGAAUUUGGUGCUGCUGUUACAGCUUUGAUAGCUUCUAAAGCUGGUAUUCCAAUUUCAACGACACAUUGCCUUGUUGGAUCUGUUGUUUUUGUUGGUAUGAUAAGAAGUGGUGAAGGUAUAGAUUGGAAAAUUUUUAAAGGAAUCGUAUUUUCAUGGAUAAUUACACUUCCAACUUGUGCAUUAAUAUCUGCUGGUGUUAUGAGACUUUUGUAUUUAACACUUUGA